UAUGAGUAUGUUCAAAAUGCCUGACACGAGUUACUUCCCUUCAACAAAAUGGCAUUUCGGUUUGGCGAGGGCAUGAGGUCGAACGCAAACACCGUUGAGUCUCUCGUUGUAGAGGAUAACAAAGAUCCAGAGAAACCGAUAGACAGAGAAAAAACAUGCCCCCUCCUCUUGAGAGUAUUCUGCAGCACUGGACGCCAUCAUCCUCUCAGUGAGUUCUCCCGGGGCAACACGCCAACCAACGAGCUGCAGAUCUACACAUGGAUGGAUGCCACGCUGAAGGAACUGACCAGUCUGGUGAAGGAGGUCAACCCAGAUGCAAGAAGAAAAGGAACUUUCUUCGACUUCGCCAUCGUUUAUCCAGAUCCUCGGUCCCCGACACACCGUCUACGAGAAAUCGGCACCACAUGUUCAGGGAGAAAAUCUGCUGAUGACACAGUAACGCUGGCAUCAAAGAAGUUUCAAAUUGGCGAUUUUUUGGACAUUGCAAUCACACCACCAAGACAAGGCCCUAUCCCUUCAAGGCCACGGCGUCCAUACUAAAAUUUCUAAAAGUUUGUCAGGUAUUGGGAUAAAAGAAGAUGUGCUUUCAAUUCAAUCCAUGUUUAGACAACCAGGUUUUAAUAUUAUGAAGAAAUUGUAUCUUACCUUUGAUGAAUGUUACAUUUCAAUUUCAUUUUCUUUUCUCUUUUAAGGAUAUUAUAAGAAAUUUUGGUCAUGGAAUUUAUUAUUUCUUGUAAUGAGAUUUUAGAUAUGUCAACAAUGAUCAUGUGUCAUGUCCAUUGGAUGUUAACUCAUUUUACUUCAUGAAUAAAUUGUGUCACUCAUAA